CUCCGAACCCAAGAUGGUCUGGAUGUUUAUGAUACCGGAAGCAGGGAAGAUGAGAUCGUGCACGUCAGUUCGAUUCGACGCAUCCACCUUUAACCUCUAUUAAAGCCAGCUUACCCCUGCGCGUGGGGUUGGGCGUUGUCAUCAACACCUUGUCACUGCAACCUUGCAACGUCAAAACUAUAACAACCCAGGAAGCUCCCUCAAAGGAUUCUCCAUACCAGAUCCCUGCCGAUCUAUUCGUCAAUUGGCACUCCUCCAGAUCUCAGCUACCUACCUAUCAGGGUGCGCUUCAACGCUUCCGACGCCGACAUGAACCGCGCUCUCUCCAUCCGCUCCAACAGAGCCAACAAGUCCUCUGGGUCUACGGGCUCGAGCACCAGGCGAGGGUUCUCCUUCAACUCCCUCCGAGGCACCGUCCAACCCGAGUUAUCUAAAAAGCUGUUCCGCCUCAUCAAGUCGGAGAACAACCUCAUCGGGGCCCACGAGACGGCAGGCCGUGAGCGCGUUGCCAUUGCGACUCAGCUGUCAGAAUGGGGCGAACAAACUGGAGAUGAUAGUAUCAGCGACAUCUCGGACAAGGUGGGCGUCGUCCUGAGCGAGAUGGGAGAGCAGGAAGACACCUACGCGCAUGCAUUGGACGACUCCCGCGCGAUUCUAAAGACCAUCCGAAACACAGAGAAGAGUGUGCAGCCUAGUAGGGACGGAAAGAGCAAAAUUGCGGACGAGAUUCAACGCAUCAAGAUGAAGGAACCGGAGAGUGCCAAGUUGGUAGUUCUGGAGCAGGAACUAGUACGGGCCGAGGCUGAGAACUUGGUGGCAGAGGCCCAACUCUCCAAUAUUACUCGCCAGAAGCUCAAGGAGGCCUACGCAGCAGAGUUCGCCGCCACCAUCGAGCGGGCGGAGAAACAAAUCAUCCUCGCCAAGCAUGGACGCCGGCUCUUGGACCUCUUGGACGACACUCCCGUUGUCCCAGGAGAUUCACGGCCAGUGUAUGAGCACUCUGCCCAGGCUCGCCAGGUUCUCAACGACUGCGAGGACGACCUAAAGGAAUGGCAGCCUGAAGCAGAUGUCUACAAGACACCAGUUGAAAGUCGGUCGCCGAGUCUCAAGGGCAAAGAAAAGGAGACGUCUGUGGUUGACGAGACAGAGCCAGUGCAUACCGAUUCGAAACCUGAGACUGCGGUUUAAAGGGUAGGGAUAUGCUAUGCCUGACUUUGCGGUACAUUGGUGGGAGAGCUGAUGGGUUUACUACGGUUGAUGGUGUUUAUUCCUUGGCCUGACCGGGGGUUCUUUGCGAUUGCUUUCUGGCGCUGUUGUACUAUAUCCUAUUGAGUGACUGGUUAUAUCGUUAGUUUCCACUGCGUCCUUCUUACUCGG